AUGGCUUGCUCCAAGCUCUCCCUAGGAGUGUUGCUGGCAUUGCUCGUGGUCCUCGCCGCCGGCCCGGCGAUGCGACGGGUCGAGGCGGCAUCGGCGCACCUGCACUUUUACAUGCACGACGUGACGGGUGGCCCGUCGGCAACGGCGGUGCGAGUGGUUAACGGUCCACGGGGCAACUUCGGCAACACCAUGGUGAUCGACGACAAGUUGACCGAGGGGACGUCAGCAUCGUCCACUACGGUGGGACGCGCGCAGGGCUACUACAUGGUGGCGUCGGUGGCGAACCUCGAGUUCCUCGUCAACAUGAAUGUCGUUGUUACUUCGGGCCCAUACGCCGGCAGCUCGCUCACGGUGAUGGGCCGUGACGACGUCAGCGUCUCGGUGAGGGAGCUCUCAGUGGUCGGCGGCACGGGGCAGUUCAGGAUGGCGCGCGGCUAUGUGCUGUGGAAGACCGUCACCCCCGAGAUUCUCGACCUGGAGAUCUUCGUCAACCCUUCUUGA